AUGCGCUUAGACGUCAAGCGGCAGCUAUUCGCUCGGUCAGAGCGAGUCAAGGGCAUUGACUUCCACGAUACCGAGCCAUGGAUUCUCACAACAUUGUACAACGGCCAUGCACACAUCUGGUCGUACGAGACACAGUCCAUAAUCAAGAGCUACGAGUUGACGGACGUUCCUAUCCGUGCGGGCCGCUUCAUUUGCAGAAAGAACUGGAUAUGCGUAGGCAGUGAUGAUUUUCAGUUGCGGAUCACAAACUACAACACGGGCGAGAAGGUGAAGUCCUUCGAAGCCCAUCCAGACUACAUUCGAGCCAUUGCCGUACACCCCACUCUCCCCUAUGUUCUUACGGCGUCCGACGACAUGACCAUUCGAAUGUGGGACUGGGACAACGGUUGGGCGAUGCGAAGAGAGUAUGUGGGCCAUGCACACUAUGUCAUGUCGCUAGCCUUCAAUCCAAAAGACACGAAUACUUUCGCAUCCGCCUGCCUGGAUCGCACUGUUAAGAUCUGGAGUUUGGACAAAGCAACGCCCAACCAGACCAUUGAGGCGCAUGAGACGAAAGGCGUCAAUUAUGUUGAUUACUAUCCUCAUGCCGACAAGCCUUACCUCAUCACGACCUCCGACGACAAAACCUGCAAGAUCUGGGACUACCAGACAAAGGGUCUGGUGGCUUCUCUUGACGGCCACACCGCGAACGUCUCUUUCGCCGUCUAUUCACCCCAACUGCCGAUCAUCGUGUCUGGCUCCGAGGAUGGCACUAUCAAAAUAUGGCACGCAAAUACCUACCGUCUUGAACAGUCCCUGAGCUAUGGCCUAGAGCGAGCAUGGUGCGUGAGCGUGCAGAAAGGUAAGCAGGGCAUUGCUAUGGGUUUCGAUGACGGUGCCGUGGUCGUGAAAAUGGGCCGGGAGGAGCCGGCGGUCUCAAUGGACAGCACGGGUAAGCUGAUCUGGAGUCGUGUGAAUGAGGUCCUUUCCGGAGUCGUGAGAGGUGACGACCCGUCCCUAAAAGACGGCGCCCCAAUUUCGAUUCCUGCAAAAGAACUCGGUAAUGUGGAGGUCUAUGCUAGCUCCUUACAACAUUCUCCCUCUGGACGCUUCGUCGCUAUCUGCGGCGAUGGGGAGUAUCUCAUCUACACAGCUCUGGCCUUCCGUCAGCAAGGCUUCGGCAAAGCUCUCGACUUUGUGUGGAGUUCGAGCAGCAACAACGAUUACGCCAUCCGAGAGUCGAGUACCAGUGUCAAGAUAUUCAAGAAGCUCAAAGAGAAAGGCCCUAUUGAUGUCGGCUUUUCUGCGGAGGGUCUAGCUGGCGGCGCGUUACUCGGUGUCAAAGGUCAAGGCGGGAUUGGCCUAUUUGACUGGGAGACCGGCGCAUUAGUGCGAAGAAUAGAGGUAGACCCUCGCGAGGUCGUCUGGAGUGAGUCGGGUGAACUUGUCGCGCUCUGCUGUGCCGAUUCUACCUAUAUUCUGCGCUUCAACAGAGAGGCAUAUGUCGAAGCCGUAAAUGCAGGCCAAGCAGAUGAGGAUGGCGUCGAAGCUGCUUUCGAGCUCAUCCACGAAAUGUCAGAUGCGGCUGUUACUGCUCAUUGGGUGGGCGACUCCUUGGUGUAUACUACUGAGGCUCGACAGCUCAAGCAACUGAUUGGCGAGCAAACCGAUACUAUUGCUCAUUUCGACCAGGGCAUGUACAUCUUGCGAUAUUUGCCCAGGGAUGGCCGACUAUACCUCUGCGACAAGGAUAUGAGCUUGGUGUCGUAUACGCUAUCCACAAACGUUGUGGAAUAUCAGACUCUGGUGCUCCGUGGUGACCUUGAAGCUGCCGAGUCAUUACUGCCUGAGAUUCCAGCAGCCCAAAUGAAUAAGAUUGCUCGGUUCCUGGAAGGCCAGGGCCAUAAAGAGCUGGCUCUUGAAGUUGCCACGGACCCCGAGCACCGGUUUGAGCUCGCUCUCUCGCUCAAUAACCUGCCCAUCGCACUGGAGAUUGCCAAGGAGCAAGAUACGGAGCACAAAUACAAGGCGGUUGGUGAUGCUGCUUUGAAUGGAUGGGACCUGAAGACGGCCGAGGAGAUGUAUGUCCUGGCAAAAGACAUCGGAAGCUUGCUCUUGAUAUACACCAGCUCUGGAGACAAAGACAAGUUGCUCGACCUUGCAAAGAAGGCGGAAGAUGCUGCAAGCAACAACAUUGCUUUCGCGGCUAUCUGGGCUGCAGGUGACGUGGACGCUGCAGUGGAGCUUCUGCAACGGACAGGGCGUGACGGCGAGGCUGUCCUACUCAGCCAUACUUACAAGCCUUCAAAAACGCAGCAGCUUGCCACUGCAUGGAAAGAGGGCCUCGACAAGAAGGGCAAGAGCAAGGUCAGCCGUUUGCUCGGUGUCCCGGGCCAGGAUGAAGAGCUUUUCCCAGAAUGGGACGAGUACCUCAAGAUGGAGGCGGAGGGUAAGACUGGCAAGCUCGUUGACAUCGACGGCUCUGAACCUGCGACGAAUGGAGUCGCGAAUGGGAAUGCUGGCGAAGAAGAAUAG